ACAGUGUGAAGGCGAAGCACAAAGUGUCUGCAAGAAAGGCUGUCUGAGCUGUGUAACUGGGUCAGAAGAAAAUGUGCUAAGGAGGUAAGUUGCGCUAGCUAUCUUGUAGUAAUUUGGGCAUUAACCUGAAUGGACUUAAUUCUUCACUUUCUGGAAGACUUAUUCUUGCUAAAUAUUGAAUUUAUUACAGGCAAAAGCACGAGACACAAUGAAAUUAAAAAGCUCUUGAAUAUGGAAAAAAUUGAGAAAUCAUUUUUGUAGUGGAUAAUCUGAAAUUCUGAUUUAUCUUUUAAUUAAACAAGCCAACUCAUUAUGCCGAGUCUCAUUCUGUGAAAUACACCUGAUAGUAUUCAAUUGUUUUCCAAACUAAACUGUUAGCAUUCCAAAUGCAGGCUGUUGUCUGAAAGAGAUGCUGGAAGCUAUUACUAGUAGACGUGCUUCUUUGAAUAUGGAGUACAAUCGUGAUAGACUUCUUUGGCGACAUGUAGUCGCAUCCAAUUUUGUAAUAUAGAUAAAUUUUUCUACUUCCAUUACUUUUUAUUUGCUUCUUACAUGACUGCCUUAGGCUAGAUUUGUCUUUGUACAAAGUUUGUGUGUGAGACUCAGAUCUGUCUUGUCAGUCCCAGAGAUAAGAGAAAGAAGCACUUGAAGUCCCAAAGAGGAAUGGGUUGCCUGUGAGUCCCUUCACCAACACAGAAUGUGCUCCUGCUCUGAAUGUGCUGUUUUUAACAGGACUGGGGAACGUGUUUCAAAAUGUCAAACACAGUGAGCAGAAAUCAGUGGUUUAGUUCAAAUAGUAUUUAGGCAGAAAAUGAGUUAUCUGUAUGCAAGAUCUAAGCUGUCAUGUAUAGCUGUGUUACUACAAGAGGUAUAAGCACUUCGGGUUAUCAAAAGUAAAUGUACUAUUUCUCACAGCACUAGAUGGAAAGGAGAAUUAGAAAUGAAACUCACAUUUUUCUUUCCAAGAAAGUUCAGAAAAUACCUUAGGAACCUCAUAUGAAAUGUGAAUCAUCUUAAUUAGAUAACUUCUGUUACGACAUUUUGAAAUGCAAAUAACAGCAAGUUAGUGGAACAAUACAAAAAUGUGUUUGUUUGUUUGUUUGUUUUUAAAGUAAAAUCCCAUACUUAAAGGGAUAAGGUGAAUUGAGUGGCCUGAAAAUUCCCAAGGCUUUAAUGAUGAGAAUUGUUAUGAAAUAAAUUAUGUGGUGAGGAGUAGUUUGUUACUGUGAUUAAGGAUGUCUCGAAAGAGUCGCAGGGUUUGGGCGGCUUGCCAUUGCAAUGGGUGUGCGUCUUCCACUGCAUCCUUGCUCAUAUAUCCUCUCUGCUCACACCUCUGCCUCCACACUGCCCUUAGCACUGACCCACAGCUCAGCUCUACUUGAUGAGCGUUGCAGGCCAAUGGAAACAUAGGUGUCCUUCUGCACCUACUGUGAGUUGCUGAACCUGGGUGGCUCCAGAGCAAGCUGGGACACGUGGCUGGGUAUGGUGGCUGCUGAGAAUGCUGAGAACGGUUCCACAGACCAAAGAUCCACUCAAGGCCACGUUUUACUUCUGAAGAUGGCUAGAUGCAAGCACUUGGGGUGGAGAACGUCUGCCUCGUGGCUCUUGUCCUGGGAUAUCCUUGCAGCUUUCAGGAGUCUGUUUCCAACCAUGCCACUUUGUUAGGGGCUUCCUGCAAGCUAUUAGGAAUAAUUACCUCUGCAAGCCUCCUAGAUCUGCAUUUGCCUAAUCUCUCUUUGAAUUCUUGUGUGUGUUUUUCUUCUGUAACAUCCAGAUAGAACAGCCUCCUGGCUGCUUAGGACAUUAUAAUUUAAUACCAAUGCAUUUGAAAAGAAAUACAGGGUCAUAGGCAACUAAAGAAGAAUGACAGAUCUCUAAAAGAUGUCCCAGGUAUCCAGUGAGCAACAGAAUCACAUGUGGUAUCUAAAACUCCAACUUUCAUGCCCAUCCAGUCACCACAGAUCAACAAGUCUUUUGACCACUGCUGCAACUUGGUCCUAUAACUGCGGUUGUUAUUUUGAUUUAUCAAUGGAAAUUUGUAAUGGAGAUGAUCUUCAUGGUCUGCUACAAAUGUUUCUCUUCAUUUUCUGCCUUUAAAUCAACUUCUCUGCACUGAAACUCUUAAAUCACUCUUCCACACGUUGAACUUUACUGAACCAUAUUUCAAGAGCUCAAUUAUUUUACAGAUUUAAUCUUAACCUUCCCCACAUUUGAGAUGAGAGGCAGUGCUUUGUUCCAAAUAGCAAUAAGAAGUCCAAAUUAUUUUUUAUUGAGUCCACUGAAGUUAGUUGAGUCACAGUCCUGAUUGAUUUCACACCUUUUUUGCAGCAAAGAUAUUUUUUCAGCAUUAAUAAUUUAAACAUCCAUGGGUGUGUCAACAUACACAUUAAUAUAUAGGAAAAAUGAUAUCCUCAUUUCAGGGUUUGGAAGUAUCAAUGUGUUAUGCUGGUGAUUCAUGCAAAUAUGUUGGGAUUUUAUUAUAGCUGAAUCCAAGGGCGUGGAUCCAAUGAAAACACGCAUUCAAGAAAAUGCAAUAUGCCUGCUUAAUUGAUCACGAACGAUGGUAACUUAUUUCUAAAUCCACCCAGUGACAUCUUUGUUUCAUUUCCUGGUUAUGGUUCUUGGAACACAGCACCAUACUUGCAUUGUGGUAUACUCUGUUCUGAAAGAAAAUAGGAGCAAGAUAUCUAUCAUCCUGUAUUUCUCUACGAUCUAUUAAUUUAAGCAUAGCUUAAAAGACUGCCUGUAUUAAUACUAUCUGGUGCCUCUAAUGAGGCAACAAGGCUCAACUGAACACUCACAAAAACAAUUUGUAAACUAAGAAGAAAGAAUAUACUUUUUCACUUUUCUUUUCUCUAUGAAUUACCUACUGAUCUAAACUGCAAUCAAGAGCUAAAGCCUGGAAAUAGAGAUAUAUAUAUUUAAAAAAUUAAUGAAUCAUAAAAUGAAGUAUUUUCAUUUCUCAUUUCAAUUAACUUUAACAGGAGACCUAAACAGAUCAAAGGGUCACAGAAUAAUUUUCAUUGGAAGGGACCUUUAAAGAUCAUCUUAACACUUUACUUUUAAUGAUUCCAAUGCUGGUUCAGUUUUUUGUUUUUUUUAAUAGAGUUAUUAUAUAGGUAGUCUCAUUCAAUUAUUCAGUGUCUUCCUUCCACCUUGCAUGUCUCUGGCACAGAUAAGGUUAAAUAAUUUCCUUUACGUAAAAAAAAAGCAGGUUAUUGCUUGUCAGGAGGAAGUGGUGAUAAUUUCAAUUUAACUCCAUACCUUUGACUAUUGCUGUUAUUUCUUGUUUUUUAAAUCAAAGCUUACUUCUAUUGAGGCUGAUUGUAAAUGUGCUUUAGCCAGCCGCAGAAGAAUGUAACAGAGUCGUGCAACAUCGUCUGACCUACAGACCAUUUUUAAAUCUGCUUCCUUGUAAUAUCUGGGCUGUGUCUGCAGAUCUAGAUUUCCUGCCUGUGGGCUCCUGUGUGAGGUUAAGCAAAAAUCUUUGGAGAGCAUUCUGAAACUCUUCUCCACAUUUAUUUCCUUCUCAGAAGUGCACUAGCAAAAUGAGUACUACAGUUUUUGGUACCACAGAAUUUUUUGAUACAGACUAUGCUUCUCUAAUUUCAACAGUUUGUUCCAAGUCGGAAGUCAGGAGCUUCACAAAAGUGUUCCUGCCAGUUGCAUACUCGCUGAUUUGUAUUGUCGGCCUAGUUGGUAACAUCUUUGUAGUGAUGACCUUUGCGUUAUACGAACGAACCAAGUCCAUGACGGAUGUGUACCUCUUCAACAUGGCCAUAGCGGACAUACUGUUUGUGCUGACUCUCCCGCUGUGGGCAGUGAAUUAUGCUGCUGACAAAUGGAUUUUUGGUAAUUUCAUUUGCAAAAUGGCCAAAGGUAUCUAUGCAAUCAACUUCAGCUGUGGCAUGCUGCUUUUGGCCUUUAUCAGUGUGGACCGGUACAUUGCAAUUGUACAGGCAACAAAGUCAUUUAAACUCAGGGCAAGAACGCUCGCAUACAGUAAAUUGAUUUGUUUGGCCGUGUGGGCAUCGGCUAUUUUAAUCUCCAGUUCCUCUUUUCUAUACAGUGAAAGUUAUGAUUUUGCCACUAAUGAAACCCAGAUUUGCGAUCACAGAUUUGACAAAACGUCUGACAGCAUUGUCCUGAAAUCACUGCUGCUGUGUCUACAAGUGGGAUUUGGAUUUUUUAUACCUUUUGUAUUCAUGAUUUUUUGCUAUGCAUUCAUUGUCAAGUCCUUACAACAGGCCCAGAAUUCCAAAAGAAACAAAGCAAUCAAUGUGAUUGUAUUAAUUGUAGUUGUUUUCCUAGUUUGCCAGGUGCCCUACAACACUGUUCUUCUCAUGGCAGUUGCAAACAUGGGCAAGGCAGAGAAAUCUUGUGACUCUGACAAUAUAAUGGCCUAUGCAAAAUAUACCACUGAGACCAUAGCAUUUUUACACUGUUGCUUGAACCCUGUACUCUAUGCAUUUAUUGGAGUGAAGUUUAGAAGUUAUUUUGUGAAAAUAAUGAAGGACCUUUGGUGCAGGAGGUACAAGAAAUACAAUAAACGUAGUUCAAGGAUAAAUUCUGACAUUUAUCUUUCACGACAGACAAGUGAAAUUCUGACUGACAAUGCAUCUUCUUUUACUAUAUGAUACAAUUUUUACAACGUUAUUUCUGAAGGACUCUGUUCACCAAGCAACCCAAUCCAGUCUCACUGUGUCUGUAGUAGACAGUUUUUUGGGGCUUCUCUCUACCUCAAGGGGAGCAACCGUGACUUACAAUUCCUUUCAGGAAAAUAAUUAAGAUAAAAUAAUAACACCGUCCUGUGGAAAACUGAAAUCUUAUUUACCCCUUUGAACAUUCAUCCUCUUCUAAAGUGCGCACUCUUAGAAUUAUCAGAAAAGUUUACAGAGGAACUCUCCUUGUUUCAAAGAAGAACAUUGUGUCUUUUCUGUCCUACAUCUCUGAAAUAUCUCAAAAGCACAAAGGAAAUGAAUCAGGCUAUGUCCAGGCUCAUUCUACUUACAUUUAUGCUGUUGCUAUGAAGUAUUUAUACCUGGAAGUCUUACUUAAGUGUAGGUCUCCACUGUACUUUUGUGGUGGACAGGUCACUCUAUGGAUAAUACUAACCUAAAUGGAUGACAUUUUGAGCAAAGCAUGGCAAAAAAAAAAAAAAAAAAAAAGCUAACGGAGAAAUGAAGAAACAGGUUCCAGGAAUAGCUGAAAUAGCUGGGCUUAGAUGUCAGAUCUCAUAAAUCUUUGCCGUGUUCUACACUCCACCUGCUCAUCAAGAAUUGCAGAAGCUUAUACCAAAGCUGGGGCUGGUCAAAGCUGACAAAGAUAUGUCUAUCAAAAAGAAUGCUUAAAAAAAAAUCCAAAAAACCCUAAAACAAAGAAAAAGAAGAAAACUGCAAAAUAAAGAGCACUGGAGCAGGCUCCUCCAAGCAGUGCUCAUGGCCCCAAGUCUACCAGAGUUCAAGAAGUGUUCGGACAAUGAUCUCAGAAGUACAGUUUCAUUUAUUUGGGAUAGUCUUGCACAGAGCCAGAAGUUGGAUUCAAUGAUCCUUAUGGAUCCCUUCCAAUUUGGGAUAUUCUAUGAUUCUAUAAUUGAUACACGUGCAGAAAGGUUUUCUGACAUCUAAUUACUUAUCUUCUGAACUGACAAAAGAUCUUUACUUGGGACAUUCUUCUCUUCAUUUGGCACUGGAUUCCGGUUCUACACUCUUUUGAAGCUGAUCACCUUGUGAACAUUUCUUGGUGUUGUUGUUUCCUUGUGUUGUUGUAUAUUUCUAGCUGAAAUUCACACUCCACUUUCUAGAAGAUAGCAAACUGAACAGAAAUGCCUGUAGUCAAAUUCCAACUCUUUUGUUGUAACUAGAUUGGUUGCAGAACUUUCAUCUCUUUGACUUUUGCUACCACUCACAGUUUCCUUAGGAAGGGAUUUACUAGCACCGAGUAUAUAUGCAUGACUUAAUUCAGUCAGAAUUUUUGACUGAGUUAGUCAGCAUUUUACUUAUUCUGCAUAUAGGGAUAUUUCUAACAAAUGCAGAUAGUUUUAAGCAGUAGACCCUACUGGAAAGAAGACUGGAAAGUAGACUUUCCAGUAGACCCUCGGUGAAAUUUGUGUUCACUGAGAGAACUUCACCACCUUGUAACAAUAUGCGAGGUGGCAAGGUAGACAGGAUAAAGAGCUGAUGCAUAUCAAAGAGUGGAACAUAGGUAACAAUGAGAGCCCCACUGCUUUGUGUUUGCAGUGUGCUGAAGCUCCUACCAGUUUUCUACAGUUCUUCUGCAAUGAGGGCAAAUUGAUUUACUGUUAUGCGUAAUACUCCAUUCCUAUGGCAGGAAUAAAUUAAUGCAACAUGCAGUGUAUGUUUGUCUUGGAUUUUUUUUAUGCUUGUGGCUGAGGAGACAGAGGAUUCUGGGUCAGUAACCACAUCUUUUAGAGCAACACAAAGGGCCAAGCCUGGAGCCAAAAAAAAAAAAAAAGCUUGAGGAGUGGUGUUGAUAUGGUAUGACGUGAAAUGAGUAUUGCUUGUGCUGGUGUAAUACAUCCUUGUUUACAGUGCACUGUGACAUUCUUAAAUGUCAAUGCCUGGUGUUAUAAAGAUGUGUCUACUUAUCAUCACUGAACAAUAACUUAGGCAAGAAUAUGAUUCAAAAUUAUGUAAAUGCAUAUGUGUGCAUUUGUUGUAUAUAUCACUGAUGAUUUUCUGUGUGAUAAUUCAACAAAUAAAAAAUGUAACAAAGAUAAAAACCUCA